UUCUGUGGUGUAGUGGUUAUCACGUUCGCUUCACACGCCCCUUUUUGGAGUUUCAGGAAGUGGAAGAGAAGCAGGUGUCUGAGUGCUUGAGAGAGAAUAUCGUUUUUUUUGGAGGUCUAGUUGACUUAUAAGUUUGAAAGUUUGUGAGUGACUGUAGUGAAGUUUCUGUGAAACGUUUUUGCUAUUGUCCCCCAUCAGCGUGAGCUGUUUGGGGGAUAUUGCUUAAAAUAACCGGACGGACAACAUGGCUUCGACAUCAAGAAUACAAACGACGACGAGAAAGGACAACAGUGAAAUCAGAAUGUUAAACGAAGAACUGAAAAAAAGAACAUAUGAGAAGGAACUGACGGUGAACGUGGAAAUAAGUGGAGAAGGGAAAAUAACAACGAUGGAAUUGCUGAGAGGAAUAAAGGAAGUUUGCGGAACAAUACUGGGAUGUCGAAUGAAAGACGGGAAUAAGUAUGAAGUAACAAUGUCUCAUGUAAAUGGAAAAGAAAGACUAAUAGACGGGCUAAAGAUAAAGAACUGUCAAAUCAUGGCUAAAGAACUAGGGAACGAUGAGCUGGUGGUGUCCUUUUUGAACUUGCCCGCAUACAUUACGGAUGAGGAGAUAGAAGAGAAACUAAAAGGCUGGAAGGUGAAGGCGACCACGCCAAUCAAGAGGAGGAUGUGGCCAGGAACGGACAUUGUAGAUGGGACAAGAUUUUGCAAGGUAAAGUUUACAGACAAUGUGCAAUCCUUGCCAUAUUCUACUAAAUUUAACACUGUCGAGGGAUUUGAAUAUUUUCGUGUAAUCCACGACAAUCAAGUGAAGGUAUGUAGAUUAUGUAUUCAGCCGGGGCACAUACUUAAGGAAUGUCCGGAAUUCACAUGCCACAAAUGUAGUGAACAAGGGCAUUAUGCCAGAGAAUGUCGGAACAUAGGAAAUGUGUGCAAAAUGUGUGACAGACCUAAAGUUAGAUGUAGCUGUAAUAAGGGAGAAAAUCACUUACUUUUGCAAACAAUGGACCUCACGUCUGAGGAAGAGGGGAGUGUGCCUAUGGAGAGGGAGGAUGAGAGUGACAUGGAGAGUGUGACUCCAGAGACAGUGGCAGAUAAGCUUGAAGAGCCUGUAAUGUCUCCUGGCAAAGCACGAGACGCCGUUUUAGUCUCUGCUGCUGACAAGGUGGAACAGCAGCACAUGAUGGGUGAAAGACAUACACAGGUAGAGAUGGUGCAAGGUGCUUCUCAGGUGCCUGAGCCAGCUUUAAGCCUGUGUAAAAAUUACACCAAAGAGUGGGCUGGGUCCACUGAAGUCACGGGCACUGUUAAAGCGCACUUUUCAAAAGGCUUCCCCGCCGAUCCCCCCAAAAAUCCAAAUAAAGAGACGGAUGAUGAAAUAGAUAGUGAGGAUCUUCAGUUGUUUGUAAAAAAUAAGAGGUCAUUGUCGAAAACCAGGGAGAUGAUGGGUUUUGGAAAAAAGAAAAAGUAGGAUUUUUAAGGACUUGUUUGGCUCUGAUUAUACUUCUGCACACAUUCAUAAUGAUUACAGUCGCAUCCCUAAAUGGUAACAGUUUUAAAACAUGAGCAAAUUUGAGCAGGUAUUAGUGUCUGUUAAGGCAGACAUGUUGUGUUUUCAAGAGACCAAUUGGACAGACUCCAAAAUGCAGGAGAUUAAGAGUAAAUGGUCAGAUUAAAUUUUUUGUAGUCAUGGAGGGGAUAAAACAUGUGGUGUGGCUAUUUUGAUAAAAAAUGAUGUGGUGCAAAAUGUAAAAGAAAUAUAUGCUGACAAUGAUGGCAGACUUAUUGUAAUUGAAUUUGAAGUUCAAAAUGUAGUUUUUCGUUUAAUUAAUGUUUAUGCUUCAAACAUUGAAUCUGAAAGGAGAGAAAUGUUUCACAAAUUAAAAACACUGUGCUCAGAAAACUGUAUACUGAUAGGAGAUUUUAAUGUGAGGUGUAGUAGAAUGGAUGCCUCUAGUUGUGCUAAAUUCAGAUAUGACUCUUCUAGAAAUGCAUUAUGGAAACUUAUGAAUGAGGAGAAUCUAGUAGAUAUAUGGAGGGCUGAAAAUCCAAACAGAAGAGUAUUCUCUAGAAGGCAGGUGGUUCUAAAGGAAUUAAAACAAAGCAGAAUUGAUUUAUGUCUAGCAAAACAAGAAUUGGUGCAGAAUGUUAAGAAGGUGUCAUAUACCUUUACAGCAUAUAGUGAUCAUGCAGUAAUGUCAUUUCAAAUGGGUUUUGGUGUGGAGAGGAGAGGGGGAGGUGUCUGGUGUUUAAAUGCCAGUCUGUUAAAGGAGGAAGGAUAUAGAAAUGAAAUUGUUGAAUGUAUUAAUGAUGAAAUGUCUAAUGUACUGUUAAAAGAGAAUGUGUGUUUAUGGUGGGAGGAAGUGAAAG